CGAUAAGACUAUUCAGUAUUGAUUGGGUCACAAUACAGAAUAGACAAGAUAAAUAAAAUAUCAAUAUGUCUAAAGUGAACGGAGUCCCUAACGAAAUCAAGGCGUCCGCGCUGGACAUCAUCGGAGAGACACCUCUACUCGCCCUUGAUCGCCUGCAUCCCGGACCAGGACGAAUUUUAGUAAAAUGUGAAUUCAUGAAUCCCGGAGCAUCGAUUAAAUGCAGAUCCUCUUUGCACAUGAUUCAAGAAGCUCGUGCGAAAGGCCUGCUUAAACCUGGACAACCUGUGUUAGAAGUGACCUCCGGAAAUCAAGGAUGUGGUCUCGCAAUCGUGUGUGCUAUUUACGGUCACCCUCUCACCGUAACUAUGUCGAAAGGUAACAGUGUGCAGCGAGCUAUUCACAUGGAAGCUCUCGGCGCUAAAUGUAUUAGGGUACCCCAGGUAGAGGGAACCUAUGGUAAUGUUACCAUAAAUGACGUCAAAGCUGCUGAAGAAGAAGGCUUAAAAAUUGCUGAAGAGACCGGCGCGUACUAUGUUAACCAAUUCAACAAUGAAGAUAAUGCAAACUCCCACUACCUUACAACAGGUCCUGAGAUUUGGAGGCAGAGUGGGCACCGUAUCGAUGCCUUCAUCGCCACUGUUGGAACGGCCGGUACCUUCGCGGGUACAUCGAGAUAUUUGAAGGAGAAGAACCCGGACAUCAAAUGCUUUGUCGUGGAACCUGAAGGUUCACAGCCUAUCAAGGGGACCCCGAUCACGAAACCAUUGCAUUUGCUGCAGGGUUCUGGUUACGGGUGUAUUCCAAACUUGUUUAACUUUGAGACAAUGGACGGAACUCUGAGUGUAACUGAUGAAGAAGCGGUAGAGUACAGGAAACUUAUUGGCGAAAAAGAGGGUUUAUAUGUUGGUUACACUAGUGGUGCGAACGUCGCAGCCGCGGUCAAGUUGUUAAAAUCUGGUCUCAUUCCAGAAGAUGCAUGGGUGGUGACUUCGCUAAAUGAUUCUGGUUUGAAAUAUACUCCUGUACCCGACAGUUUAACGUAAUAUUUAUGGACACUGAUUUUAAUUAUGUAUAAGGUUUAUUCAUAGAGCACUGUUUUUGUAAAUUAUGAGCACAUUGUAAAGUACUAAAUUUUUGAUUAAAUUAUAUUUACAGAACGCCUCAUCGAAAGAUAAAAUAUUAUUUGUUACUUCCUAUAAGCUUUGGUGAUGAUACCAAAUACUUUAUUUUAUAGAAUUUGUUUUAAUAAAAACUUAAAACAGAUGUACAAUUGAAUUGUCUAAUCCUUUGUAACGUUUUAUAAAUUAAAAUGAUUAAUACAAUUCUCGUUAAUACUUAAAUUAUUUUAAUCAUAAUUAUGAUAUUAUUAACUCAUAACGGUAAUUAUUCAGGUAAAUAGGUAAUAAAUACAUUUUUAGUUGUUUAUUAUCGUCUGACAGAAGUAGUGUAACGUAAUAUAAUACCUGUAGCAAUACAAUAAAAUCAUCUUUGUUGCUUAGUUGUAGUAGCGGUACAUUGCUGUAUGUACUAUGAUAUUAUUUUAAUAUAAAUCUUACUACAUAGCUUAGUGUUUGGAAAAAGAAGCAAAUAUUCGGUAACAGCUCUAGCAAAUAAUAAAAUAUUGCCCUGUUUCAUUUAAAGUAUUCAUUAAGAUGUGAAACAAUUUCUCUUAUAUGAUGUAAUUAUGUCCUCUUUAAAUAACAAAUGUAUCAAUAAACAUGAAAGACACCGUCAAACGUC